AUGGCCAAGCAGCGCUACUUGACGCUGGCGUACGAAGACAUGGAGACGAUCAAGAUUCUCCCACCCACCUUCGCAGAUGCUGUUGCCGUCGCCAAAGAAUGGGUCAGACCGCCCCCUGGGGUACCUUUCCAAUUACGAGUCCCGGUUGAAUACGCAUCCAUUCAAGCAUCUAGACUCCUUCAAGGACCAUACCUCUACAUCGACACUGAUGACACUUAUCAACUUGCGCAAACUUCACACGGUUUGCGCAUGGAAAUCGUGACGGAUGCACCACCUCCCCCUGAAGAGGAAGUUAAUCCUCCGCCUCCCCCCCCACCUCCUAUCUUAGAGAUGCCGGCGACCUUCAAUUUGGAGCUGACACCAGGGCGGACAGUUGCGUUAGAGACGAACUGUGAAUCGGAUGAUCUGGACAUGUCACGCACUGAGGACGGAAUGCUCGUUGAAGGAUCGUUUUGGGGCGUCUUGAAAAUCAUUCAUCAAGACGACAAUCAUUCGAUGGACUUCUCAGGAACUCGGCUGGGCAUUGCCUCCGCCACUGCUCCAGUCAUUCCUAACGAGCUUUUCUUCGACUCUAGAGUCAUGGCGAAACUCAUGAUGGCUGCUGCAAGGCCAACAACCGCGAAGUGUGCCCUGACGAUUCUUGCGCCCAGUCAACAAUACUGUGACGUUAACAUCAGUCUGGCACCAAUGUGGCGGUUUGGCACGACGUAUCCUACAGCGGAGCCUGCAGGGGAUCGUAAAAUCAAAUAUUUCUUACGGGGCCAUCCCGAUGGGUAUUUAGAGCACUUCGAAUCUAAUGCUGUAGUCACGUCAUUAUAUUAUGAGGCCCUUCCAGACACAUCGCAAAUGGAUCCAGUCUCAUACAUAUCCCCCUCCAAUGGAUUCGCCAUGCCGCUUUCGUUGUUUAUCCCUCACAUUAGCAAAGUAUUGGAUGACCUUGGCCUUUCCAUCUCAGCGAGAACCCUUAAUGCUGUGGCGAAUUUCGCUAAUCAUAAGCACAUUGCCUACCGUUUCAUGCAGCCGGCGCGUCUGUCCGCUGCUAUCGAUCUUAGCGUAUCAACGGAACCUGCUGUUUUUACUCGAAUUUUCUUGAUGUGGCGGGGGGUCAGCGACGAAGAGAUGGUGAAAUUUGCAGACUCUAGCGAGAAGGAGGCAGACGCAAAAGAGUGGAAGGAAGUCAUUGGCUUCAGCGACGAAAGUAAAGACAUAUCGAAGUUUAGAGUGUUGGAGACAAGCAUAAUGGAGUGCGUCAAUAACACCCUCUUCACAAUCGUCAGGUUCUUACGCCGAAGUUUGCAGAUGUGCAUAGGACUGAUUGCCCCAUUCGCAUUCUGGCGUGCCCAUGCCUGA